AUGGACGAGCUUCUGUCAAAACACCGCAAAGAGCAAAAGGAUCUCCAAGGGCGGAUAACGCAAAAGAAAAAGUCCGCCACCAAGAGAACCCGCAAAGGAGUCAACGAUGAAUGUGAGCAAUUGCAGCACGCUUUGUCCGAGAAACAGCAAGCCGAGAUUGCACAGUUAAAUGGAGAACCCACUGAAGAUCUCGAAGGCCUCAGUCUGGAAGAUGAUCAGCCGGCAGGUGACGAGGACUCGAAACAAGACCAGCCUACCGAGCCACAAGAAGCAGAACCAACAGCCCAACUCACCCUGGAGCCUUCCUCUGCAUCGCACCCAAGAAAGCCAAACCGCCAAAAAGCUCGUCUCGCGCGGCGUGCGGCUGAGCAAGCCGCCCAGUCAACCGCCGCAGCAGAAGAAGCCGCAACGCAAACAAACUACAGAGGCAACGAACAGGAGGUCAUGGACGCUGUGUUCAAGAAGCUGGGUCUGAAGGAAAUAGAAGUGACUCCGGAUGGGCACUGCCUCUACUCAGCAGUUGCCAAACAGCUCGAUGAGUCCGGACUCGGUUUGCGGCCGGACCCAAGCCGAAUCGUCCUCCAGCCCGCGACACAGUCACGCAUCGAUACUGUCGCCUCCCCACAACACGACGGCUACCGAGCUGUUCGAGCUGUGACAGCGGAUUUCAUUAUGGAACAUAAAGAGGACUUCGAAGCGUUCAUGGAAGAGCCCCUGGAGUCAUAUACGCGGAAGAUCAAAUUGACUGCCGAGUGGGGAGGGCAGUUAGAGCUGCAGGCGAUUGCCCGAGCGUACGGGGUGGAAAUCAACGUUGUACAGAAGGAUGGGCGAAUGGAGAAGAUCGAAUCCGGCGAGAGCGACAACUUCGACGAGGAGGAGAAGCGCAAACGCGUUAUCUGGCUCGCUUACUACCGCCACACCUACGGACUCGGCGAACACUACAAUGCCCUUGUGAAGAAGUCCUAA